AUGACUUGUGAAAACCACACCAGAGUCACUGAAUUUGUUCUUCUGGGAUUCACAAGCAACCCUGACAUGCAGGUUUCCCUCUUCGUUUUGUUUCUGGCCAUCUAUUCAGUUACCUUGCUGGGGAAUUUUCUCAUUGUCACAGUUACCAGUGUGGACCCUGCUCUUCAAACACCCAUGUAUUUCUUUCUGCGAAACCUAUCACUGCUUGAAGUGUGUUUUACUCUGGUCAUGGUGCCAAAGAUGCUGGUAGACCUAGUGUCAACAAGGAAAGUCAUCUCUUUCGUGGCCUGUGGCACCCAGAUGUACUUCUUCUUCUUCUUUGGCAGCUCUGAAUGUUUUCUCCUCUCGAUGAUGGCUUAUGACCGCUUUGUGGCCAUCUGUAACCCUCUCCGUUAUUCUGUCAUAAUGAAUAGGUCCCUGUGCUUGUAUAUGGCCAUAGGUUCUUGGCUGUCUGGUGUUCCUGUGUCCAUGCUUCAGACAGCUUGGAUGAUGGCGCUUCCUUUCUGUGGGCCCAAUUCUGUAGACCACUUUUUUUGUGAUGGUCCUCCUGUCUUAAAAUUAGUUACUGAAGAUACAACUACAUAUGAAAUGCAAGCACUUGCAUCCACUCUUCUUUUUAUCAUGUUUCCAUUUUCUCUCAUUUUGGUCUCUUAUACCCGCAUUAUUGGGACCAUUUUGAGGAUGCCAUCUGCUACUGGUCGCCAAAAGGCAUUUUCUACUUGUUCAUCACACCUUAUUGUGGUAUCCCUCUUUUAUGGAACAGCCAGCUUGACUUAUCUAAGGCCCAAAUCUAGCCAGUCUCCUGAGAGCAAGAAACUCGUUUCUUUGUCUUAUACUGUCAUUACACCUAUGUUAAACCCCAUCAUUUACAGCCUAAGGAACAAUGAAGUGAAAGGAGCAGUCAAGAGAACUAUCACUCGAAAGGUCUUAAAGAAGUUAGAUGCGUUAUAA